UCUGCGCCGGCGGCGCGCACCCUGAAAUCUCCCAGGCCGGCCCGGGGGAGGGGGCUUCGGGACCGGAGGGUACACCAUCUCCUGGGGCCUCUUCAGGGCUCCAGAUCGUCCUGGGGCCCCCGAAAGGGCCUUCGCUCCCCGGCGACCCUUUUGCCCUCUGCAAAGAGCUCCAGUUCCCGGGGCCGCUGCCCGGGCCACCAUCUCGAGUCCCCCUGCCCUCAGCAGUGAUCGGCCGGCCCCACCCCCGCCGAGACCGAGUUCGACAAGUUUGGCCAACAAGUCCGGGAACCUCCGUGGCUGGGCCUGGCCUGGCAGCUCCGCUUGGGCUUCAUGGCUCUGAGUUGUGCAGCACCCGGCUGGCCAGAGGGGCCGGUCGAAGGGCGACGUCCACAGGGUUGAGAGCAGAGCCCGCCAGCCCCUGGGCUCCGAGGUUUGGUGUGGAAGGUCCGGGUUUGGAGUGCGUCAUCGGGGAGCAGGCACCUCGGCAGGCAGCUUCCAGGCAGAGUCACAGUGGCAGCUUUGAGAGUUGGACAGCCAGGUCCCUGAAGUGAUCUCUAGGCUCCAGCCCCCGCCUGCCACCAUUCCGUGCUGCAGGGACACCAUGGCUCCAGAGGAGGACACUGGAGGGGAGGCCCUAGAGGGCAGUUUCUGGGAGGCUGGCAACUACAGGCGGACAGUGCAGCGGGUGGAAGACGGGCAUCGGCUGUGCGGGGACCUGGUCAGCUGCUUCCAGGAGCGUGCCCGCAUCGAGAAGGCCUACGCCCAGCAGUUGGCUGACUGGGCCCGAAAAUGGAGGGGUACCGUGGAGAAGGGCCCCCAGUAUGGCACGCUGGAGAAGGCCUGGCAUGCCUUCUUCACGGCGGCUGAGCGGCUGAGCGCGCUGCACCUGGAGGUUCGGGAGAAGCUUCAUGGGCAGGACAGUGAGCGGGUGCGUGCCUGGCAGCGGGGGGCCUUCCACCGGCCAGUGCUGGGUGGCUUCCGAGAGAGCAAGGCGGCAGAGGACAGCUUUCGCAAGGCCCAGAAGCCCUGGCUGAAGAGGCUGAAGGAGGUUGAGGCCUCCAAGAAGAGUUACCACGGAGCCCGGAAGGAGGAGAAGACAGCGCAGACUCGGGAGAGCCACGCGAAGGCAGACAGCACGGUCUCACAGGACCAGCUGCGCAAGCUGCAGGUGCGGGUGGACCGCUGCACCAAGGAGGCCGAGAAGACAAAAGCCCAGUAUGAACAGACGCUGGCAGAGCUGCAUCGCUACACCCCACGCUACAUGGAAGACAUGGAACAGGCCUUCGAGACCUGCCAGGCUGCUGAGCGCCAGCGGCUUCUCUUCUUCAAGGAUAUGCUGCUCACCUUACACCAGCACCUCGACCUCUCCAGCAGUGAGAGGUUCCAUGAGCUCCACAGAGACCUGCAUCAGGGUAUCGAGGCAGCCAGUGACGAACAGGAUCUGCGCUGGUGGCGUAGCACCCACGGGCCGGGCAUGGCCACGCACUGGCCACAGUUUGAGGAGUGGUCCUUGGACACACAGAGGACAAUAAACCGGAAGGAGAAGGGUGGCCGGAGCCCUGAUGAGGUUACUCUGACCAGCAUCGGGCCCACAAGAGAUGGUGCUGUGCCCCCACCUCAGUCCCCCGUGUCCCCAGGUGGGCAGGAUGAGGAGUGGUCAGAUGAGGACACCCCCCGGAAGGCUGCCACUGGGGUGCGGGUGCGGGCGCUCUAUGACUACGCUGGCCAGGAAGCUGAUGAGCUGAGCUUCCGAGCAGGGGAGGAGCUGCUGAAGAUGAGCGAGGAGGACGAGCAGGGCUGGUGCCAGGGCCAGCUGCAGAGCGGCCGCAUUGGCCUGUACCCUGCCAAUUACGUGGAGUGUGUGGGGGCCUGACAGCCCUGGCAGCCCUUCUGCAAUGUUUCUCCACCCUGAGCCAGAGCCCAGCUUCUGGACAGCCGGACCCGAGGGCCCUGAACCAGUGCCCCUGCUGUCCCUCUGUCCCCGGAGGAGGGAGGAAGUCCUGGGAGUCAGGGAGGGGAGGGGCCGACUGAGUCUAGGCUGUGGGUAAUGGGAGGUCAGGAGGUCACAGAAGGGUUCAGGGUACCUCGGCCUCCCCAGGAGUGUUUGGUCUCCCCAGGAGCCAUGGACCCAAUUCCUGGUCUCUGCGUUUUGGGGUUCCUGGGGUGGGCUUGAGGUGAGUGUCGUUCUGAGCUAGCAACACUCUUUUGUGGCUUGUUCUAGUGUGUAUUAAACUUGAAAAAAAUAAAAAAGCAUUUUCAGGCUUG